CUCUGUAUUCCCAGGACUGUCCAGAGGAGAAGCUCCCAGAGAACCAUCAGAUGACAAAUCAGGGGGAAGAUCUGACUGUUAUUAAAGUGGAGGUUGAAGAAGAGCAGAUGAUGGGCGAUCCCCCGUGUAAGAGUGAGGUGGAGGAGGACAUUCCAGUCCAUGUGACCACAGAAAUCGAGACUCGUCAGACCAGGCAACAUUUUUCCAGUCUUCAACAGUCCAAUUUUGAAAAUUUAAGUAAGAACUCUGAGCAAAACGUCAUGUUAUCACUAAAUUAUAAAGUAGAAGAUGAAGAUAUCGAGCAGCUCUCUUCAGAAGAAAACCUCAUUGGCUAUAAUGUAUAUCCAGGACUUCACAGUACAGAUUUAUCAUAUAAUCCUCCUAAUCAAGAAGAACCAGAGAUUGCUGCAACAAGUACCGAGCAGAAAGGGAGUAAAAGAUUUCAAUGUGGGGAAUGUGGAAACCAGUUUGCAAACAUCUCAAAUCUAUAUACACACAGAAGAAUUCACACAGGAGAGAAGCCGUACUCAUGUUCAGAAUGUGGGAAAUGUUUUAUUUAUAGAUCACAGCUUGUUAUACAUGAAAGAACUCACACAGGAGAGAAUCCAUUUAUGUGUUCAGAAUGUGGUAAAUGCUUUACAAACAAACCACAACUUGUUAUACAUGGGAGAAUUCACACAGGAGAAAAUCCAUUUAUAUGUUCAGAAUGUGGAAAAUGCUUUACAGAUAAAUCAAGUCUUGUGAAACAUCAGAGAAUUCACACAGGAGAGAAGCCAUAUUCAUGUUCAGAAUGUGGAAAAUGUUUUACAGAUAAUUCAAGUCGCAUUAAACACGAGAGAUAUCACAAAGGAGAGAAGCCGUAUUCGUGUUCAGAAUGUGGAAAAUGUUUUACCGAAAAAUCAAAUCUUGUUAAACAUGAGAGAAUUCACACAGGAGAGAAACCGUAUUUAUGCCACCUGUGUGGUGAAGGUUUUACAAAUAAAUUAGGGCUUCAUAAACAUCAUAGAAAUCACACAGGAGAGAAUCCGUUUACAUGUGUAGAAUGUGGUAAAUGCUUUACAGAUAAAACAGGUCUUGUUAAACAUGAGAAAAUUCACACUGGAGAGAAACCAUAUUCAUGUUCAGAAUGCGGCAAAUGCUUUACACAAAAGUCAAAUCUUGUCACACAUGAGAGAAGUCACACUGGAGAGAAGAUGUAUUCAUGUUUAGAAUGCGGGAAAUGCUUUACACAAAAGUCAAAUCUAGUUGCACAUCAGAGAAUUCACACAGGAGAGAAGCCACAUUCAUGCUCACUGUGUGGGAAAUGUUUUACCAAUAAAUCAGAUCUUGUUAAACAUCAGAGACGUCACACAGGAGAGAAGCCAUAUUCUUGUUCAGAAUGUGGGAAAUGUUUCAUUUCUAAAGCCAACCUCAAGGUUCACCAGAGAAGUCACACAGGAGAGAAACCAUUUACAUGUUCAGAAUGUGGGAAAGGUUUUACCCAAAAGUCAAAUCUUGUUACACAUAAGAAAAUUCACACGGGAGAAAAGCCAUUUAAAUGUUCAGAAUGUGACAAAUAUUUUCUUACUAAAGGCAACCUCAACGAUCAUCAGAGAAGUCACACAGAAUAGAAGACAUUUUCAUGUUCAGUGUUGGAAAUUGUAAUAGAUUUUUCUGAUCUUAACCCCUUAAGGACAAAGACAUAUUUCACUUUAAGGACCAGACCAUUUUUUGCAAAUCUGACCAGUGUCACUUUAAGUGGUGAUAACUUUAAAAC